AUGGUGAUAACACUCAUACCACCCCUUUGGACUGAUCGUGACGAGUGUUUUCGUUGUCGUACAUCAUUUUCAGCAUUUAUUCGAAAACAUCAUUGUCGUGCUUGUGGUGAAACAUUUUGUGCAACAUGCUCAUCAAAACAAUGUCCUUUGCUUGAAUAUGGUAUUGAAGAAGAUGUACGAGUUUGCAUAGAAUGUUAUGAUCGUAUAAAAACAACUGGUAGUAUUCGUCCGCAAUAUUUAGCAAUAGAUAAACCAAAAGAAAAAAAUCAAGAUGAACUUGAAGAAGAAGAUGCUCUUCAAUUAGCAUUAACAUUAUCUCGAAGUGAAGCUGAAGAAAAAGAACGUCAAAAAAAAUUAUUAACACAAAAAUAUGUUAAUUCAACCAUUCAAUAUCCACCAAUACCAAUCAGUUCAGCACCUAUAGCUGAUGAUAAUCAACAAAAUUAUUGGGAAACUCAAACAAAAAAUGAUCUGAUUACAAUUAAACCAUUACCUAAAGAUCCAUUGGAUCGAUUUGUACGUGAUGAUGAUAUUGAUAUAUUUGUCAAUACUGUUAACGAACACAUAAAUAAUAUUAAAUUUCGUAUGUUAAGUAAUCAACAACGUGGUAGAAAUAUAGCAAAUGAUACAGCUGUACAAUCAGUAUUUCUUAUGCUUCAACAUAUGUAUCCUGAAUUACAUCGUUUUAUAAAAUCACUCGAUGAUAAACAAGCUUAUUAUGAAAGUUUACAAGACAAAUUAAAUCAAUUAAAAGAUGCACGAGAAGCAUUGAACGCUUUACGUGAAGAACAUUUUGAAAAUAAAAAACGGCAAGCUUUAGAACGUGAAAGACAACGACAAAUGCAAUUAGCUGUUAAACUUGAUGAUAUGCGUCAAAAAAAACAAGCUUAUUUGGAAUAUCAAAGACAACUUCAUUUAAAACGUUUAACAGAACAAGAAGCAGAAAUGCAAGCAAGACUUAAUCAACAACGACAUUAUAUUCAACAACGUGAACAACAAAAUCAAAUGCCAUACAUGCCAUCGCCACCUGUUACUUAUUAUCAUCCAAUUUCACCUCAAUUAUCGAUGGGGCAAUUAUCAAAUGCUCUUCCAUCUGUUGCACCCGUCGUAUUACCUCAAAAUCAAAAUCUUUAUUCUCAACAACAACCUCUACAACAUCCACCUACAACAACACAAAUGCCAUCUAAUGACCAAACAUUGAUAUCAUUUGAUUAA